UACUACUCCCUGGAACUUUGGCGGCCUCCCCGUUGGAACACUAUCGCCCAAAAACUUGAUCACGCUUUUUCUCCUCCUGCUUUCACAGCCAGCUAAACCAGACUCCGCCUCUGGAUUCUCCCAUUGUGCAGGCGCUACGAAAUCUCAUUGGGUGAUCCUCUGGUAGCCGACGCAUCAUCAGUCACAUCCGAGCCGCGGUAGUAUCAGACCUCUUUCGGCUUCUUCGCCUUUUCUCCGCCCUCUAUUUGGUUGGUGCGGUCGCUAUCUUUUUCAUACCUCUACCCACCCGUUAGGCGCCCGAGGGUGGUAUCCUUCCGUCCCGCACAGUUGAUUCAGUGAUUGGAGGGUCGGACAAACAUGGGUUGCUGUCAGAGUGCCGAGGACUCAGAGUCCAAGCGCCGUAAUGACGAAAUUGACAUGGCUUUGAAAAAAGAAAAGAUGAAUCUGAGGAAUGAAGUGAAGAUGCUGCUACUGGGUGCGGGUGAAUCAGGGAAAAGUACAAUUCUCAAGCAAAUGAAGCUCAUCCAUGACAAUGGUUAUAGCUUUGAAGAGCGUGAAGCCUUCAAAGAAAUAAUCUUCUCAAACACUGUUCAGUCGAUGCGGGUCAUCCUUGAAGCUAUGGCUACGAUGGGGAUUCGGUUGGCAAAAACGGAAAACGAGAAGCAUCGCGCGGUUAUUCUGGACUUACCUAACCAGCUUGAAGCCGAAAUCUUUCCACCUGAGGUCGCGCUGGCCGUGAAAUCUCUGUGGACAGACGAUGGCGUGCAAGCGGUUUUUGCCAGGUCCCGGGAGUUUCAGCUGAACGACUCAGCCAAAUACUAUUUCGACUCUAUCGAGCGUAUUGCUGCUCCUGAUUAUCUUCCUACUGAUCAGGACGUGCUCCGUUCACGAGUGAAAACUACUGGUAUCACCGAAACCACUUUCCACAUCGGCGAUCUCACUUACCGCAUGUUCGACGUUGGCGGUCAGCGGUCUGAGCGAAAAAAAUGGAUUCAUUGCUUUGAAAAUGUUACUGCUAUUGUGUUCUUGGUUGCAAUUAGCGAGUACGAUCAAGUGCUAGUAGAGGAUGAGACUGUGAACCGCAUGCAAGAGGCUCUCACACUUUUUGACUCGAUCUGCAACAGCAGGUGGUUUAUCAAAACUUCCAUUAUCCUUUUCCUAAACAAAAUUGAUCUCUUCCGAGACAAACUGCCCACUUCCCCAAUGUCGAAAUAUUUCCCGGACUAUGCUGGUCAAGACUACGACUCUGCUUGCGAAUACAUCCUCAAUCGAUUUGUCUCCUUGAAUCAAUCCGAUCAGAAGCAGAUUUAUACUCACUUCACCUGUGCUACGGAUACGACACAAAUUAAGUUUGUGAUGGCCGCGGUAAAUGAUAUCAUCAUUCAAACUAACCUUCGAGAUGCGGGAUUGAUGUGAUGAGGUGGCGUAUUGACUAGCAUGUGCGGGCGUAUGCAGCGGCGUGGGAAAACGUUUCCUUCCUUUCCAAUGUAGGAUGUCUGUAGCCCGCAGGGGUUGUUAGUCUAGUUUAUAUAGCUGGUUAGGGACGGCUAUUUGCUUGUUGUUUCCUUGUCGGCGUCCCUGGACACUUCUGUGUGAUUUAUUUUGUUCUUCCUCGUCCUAUACAUUUUAGUUUCUCUUUUAUAUGUACGGUUUUGCGUCCAUUUGAGUUAGAGAGAAAUUCCUUCCUUAACAUCGUCAUUGACCGCAAAUUGCACGUGUAUGUUGAAGGCGAUUUUAAAUAUGAUAAGGCUACACUAAGCCACUUCUGGUGUUGUCCACACUAGCUAGC